CGCCCACAAAGUUACUCAGAGUCAUCCAGGUGACAGCUGAGCUAGCGAGGAAACAACACGGCUUCCACAAAGACACCGAUACGGACAAUGUAACGACAUUUAACUCGUAUUCACUCGGUACUUUAAUUACAUAUACAUGUGUGCGAGUUGAAGCCUCUCUCCCUGCCGCUGAAGACGGUUAGCUGAGCGAGGACACCACCGCUAGCUUCUGACAUUUCCUCCGUGGAGAAGAAGACACCGCGUUUAAAGACAGACUACUAUCAAAAUGUCAGACCCGACCGGAGAGGCCAAGUUAGAGCUGAAACAGGCGAGCAAAGAGGCGAAAGAGAGCGAAAACGUUGCGGAAAAAUAUUCUGCUAUGACCGUGAGCAAAAAUAGCGAAAUGACCAUGGGAGAGCUGUCGUCCGCGUUCAGCGCUGUGCCCACCCACAAACCCGUCAAGAAGCAAAUUCAGUUUGUGGAGGAUAAGCAGGAGUUCAGCAGGUUUCCCACCAAAACAGGCCGUCGCUCCCUGUCCCGCUCCAUCUCUCAGUCGUCCACAGACAGCUACAGCUCCGCUGCAUCCUAUACGGACAGCUCUGAUGAUGAGACCUCUCCACGGGACAAAACACAAGUCAACUCAAAGGGUGGCACUGACUUCUGUGUCAAGAACAUCAAACAGGCUGAGUUUGGUCGACGUGAGAUUGAGAUAGCAGAGCAAGAUAUGUCAGCACUGAUCUCACUCAGAAAGAGAGCACAAAGCGAGAAACCACUGGCAGGAGCCAAAAUUGUGGGCUGCACUCACAUCACAGCCCAGACUGCAGUGCUGAUUGAGACUUUGGUGGCUCUUGGGGCUCAGUGUCGCUGGACAGCAUGUAAUAUCUAUUCAACACAGAAUGAAGUGGCUGCAGCACUGACAGAGACAGGUGUGGCUGUCUUUGCCUGGAAAGGGGAGUCAGAGGAUGACUUCUGGUGGUGUAUUGACCGUUGUGUGACCACAGAGGGUUGGCAACCUAACAUGAUCCUUGAUGAUGGGGGAGAUUUAACACACUGGAUGUACAAGAAAUACCCUAAUGUGUUCAAGAAGAUCAGGGGCAUUGUGGAGGAGAGUGUCACUGGGGUUCACAGAUUGUAUCAGCUGUCUAAAGCUGGAAAACUGUGUGUUCCAGCAAUGAAUGUAAAUGACUCUGUGACUAAACAGAAGUUUGACAACCUCUACUGCUGCAGAGAAUCAAUCCUGGAUGGCUUGAAGAGAACCACAGAUGUCAUGUUUGGAGGCAAGCAGGUGGUUGUAUGUGGGUAUGGUGAGGUUGGGAAGGGUUGCUGUGCAGCUCUGAAAGCUCUGGGAGCCAUCGUUUAUGUUACAGAGAUCGAUCCCAUCUGCGCCCUGCAGGCUUGCAUGGACGGAUUCAGGGUAGUCAAGCUGAAUGAGGUCAUUCGCCUGGUUGAUAUCAUCAUCACAUGCACUGGUAAUAAGAAUGUGGUGACCAGAGAUCAGCUGGACCGAAUGAAAAACGGCUCCAUUGUGUGCAACAUGGGACAUUCCAACACUGAGAUUGAUGUGGCAAGCCUGAGGACUCCUGAACUGACCUGGGAGAGAGUCCGCUCUCAAGUGGAUCAUGUCAUUUGGCCUGAUGGCAAGAGAGUUAUCCUGCUGGCUGAGGGACGUCUUCUUAAUCUCAGCUGCUCCACUGUUCCCACCUUUGUCCUGUCCAUCACAGCCACCACUCAGGCCCUGGCCCUCAUAGAGUUAUACAAUGCUCCUGAGGGACGAUACAAGCAGGAUGUGUACCUGCUUCCUAAGAAGAUGGAUGAAUAUGUUGCCAGUCUGCAUCUGGCUACUUUUGAUGCUCACCUCACAGAGCUGUCUGACGAGCAAGCAAAAUACCUGGGCCUGAACAAAAAUGGUCCUUUUAAACCCAACUAUUACAGGUAUUAAUCUGAAGGGGAACCACACCUCAACACAAGGUGGGGAUGGAACCCAACAUAACCUAUUUGGAUGUCAAAAGAAAGAUUUACAUGUAUUGUAUUUUAUACCUUUUGCAAACUCCUCGGCUUAUAUUUAGUUGUAUCAUGCUGACCAUAGCAAAUUUUGGUUUACUUGCUGCUGUGCACAGAACUCUACGCAGCACCCAGCUGAGUAUGAAAAGGCGGUCUAAGUACAGCACAUUGUUCUGCUUACCUUUUAGGUUUAAUUUUCUGUUGGUUAUUUCUAUACCUCCUAUCUCCUAGGUCAUUUUAGAUGUCUUAGAAUUGAAUAAUAUAUUAAAAUAUUGUGCCAAAUAAUUGUGGGAGGUGUGGUGAAUUGCAACAAAUGGUUAUUACUGAAAGACUUAUUUGUACAUUAAGUGAUAUUUUCAAUAUUAAUUCUAUACCAAAAAGCAGUAAACUCAAAAGCUCGCUUUAAGUCAAGCCUCUAUCAAAAUAUUGUUAAGCAAUUUUCAGCCAUUUUACAAUAAAGGUGACUGUGAGUUGGUGUAAACAGAUAUUUGUCCCAAAAUACAAGUCCAUGUAGUUGUUGCUGUGUGUCUGUUGGAUAUAUAAAUAAGUAAGCACUUUAUUGCUUACAGAUAGCCAUAAUUUAAUAUGCUGAUUAUGACUGAAAGAUGUGUUUGUGACUUAAAAAUUGCUUCAUGCAGCUUUAACGUUUCUUCAUCCCAGCACUAUGUACUUCAUACAUUCCAUCCAUGAGCUAAAAAGAUGCUUGUUGUAUUCUCUUUACUGGUGUACUACAACAGGUCUAGUUAAAAAAAAAUGUGUCCAUUUUUAGGUUUUAAUAUUUCUAGGAAUAUUACACCUCAGAGUAUCUAAAUAUUUCACAUAAUUUGUAAAUGUGUUUUCCCAUCACGUAAUGGUAACCUUGAUAUCCAUGUCUAAUUAUAGUCUACUUAGAUUCGCAAGAGACAAAAGAAAAAUAGCAGUAAAAAUACUGACACUACUCUGGAUACAGAGUAAACUGAUUUACUGUUUGGCAACUUAAUUCUUUUCCUCUUAAGAUGGGUACAAACACUGAAUUUAUACUGUAACGUCCGCUGAUGAACAUAUCCUAAGUGAUUUUUGAAUAUAGAUUAGGUUUGUCACAUUAACCAAAGUACUUCUCUUACAAAUUUUAUCAACACAUAAGUAAACUUAUAUUUAAAAUUCCAUUACAAUUAUUAAAAUAAUGUUUGCUUUGUUUCCUGCAGUUAUGUAAUUGUUGAUUUCUAUUUCUCUAAAUGCUACUGAAAUACCACUUUUUGAUGUUUGUUAAAUGCACAAAUUUAGUAUGCAACAUGUAUUUACAUGCACUUAUUCACAUGUAACAUUCUUUAAAUGAAUGGACACAUUGGGUAGUGUAGUUCAAUGAAUAGUGUGAUAGUUUUGCUGGAUUUAUAGCUUUUUAACACAUUUAAAUUCAGUAUUACACUCAUUAAAUGUAAACAUACUGUAUGACCUUUCGUCAUUAAUUUGCCAGCUUUACUGCACAUACCAGAGGUUUUCCGCCAUGCUACAUUUUCAAGGUGUUGGCCCAUGUGUUCACUCAGUAUUCACUUCAUGAAUACAGAUGAUUUUUGUAUUUAAUUUGUACAGUAAUUUCAGUUUUCUUGUCACUUACAGUAUCCUUACUCAUAUAAAUGCUGUCAUCUUUGCACUAGCAGCUUUAAGGGCAUUAGAGCCAUGGAUGGGUGAGGACAUUAUUGUCAACAAGAUGAGUGCUGUAACCAUGGUAACUGGUCAGUUGACAGUGCCUUGUGACUCAGUAAUUUAUAUUCUGUCUAAAAAUGUCUUUUACUCAAAGCAUGGUGAUACCCCACAUGGUUGUUAUACUGCAAUAUACUGUGAUAGCUAUGCAGCAACAUACUGUUUUUAUCUGUUAAAAAAUUUUUACUUCAGAAAGAGUGGAGAGUUGUUAAAUCAGCAUUUCACAUUUUUAAAUUUGUAUCAACAUUUUUAGUUUUAGUCAUUUGUAAACAACAUUUUACAUUCUUACAUACAUUUUACUUUGAUUUUGAAACUACUCACAAUGAUCUUUUCAUAACAGCACUUGAAAAUGCCUUUUAUAAUGAAUUCCCUUUUCUUGAAAUAAUGACAAUAGCCAUUUCCUACUAGUCUUCAUCUGUAAUAGACAUAAAUGAAUGUGUUAUUACUGGAACAAACAUCUUGACUGUCAAAUUGAAAAUGAGGAUACCACUGUGAUAUAACAGCUGUACACUGUUGCUGGUUUGAGGUUUUUGAUGUGGAGACAAAGUCCUGUAAAUUAUAUAUUACCUAAAAACCUAGGCUUAUAUUUUCAGCACUCUAGUUUAGUUUGAUGAACAAUUUUUCAGCAGUAUACAUUCUGUUUAAAUAUAUGUGCACAGUUCCCUUUAAUAAACUGCUGUUUAAAUCUGAAA